CAGAUUAAAGAUUUAGUUUUAUUGCUGCACAUUGGUGGGCAAUGUUGCAUGCAGGGUAAUUAACACGGUCGCGAAGUGGUCCAGAACCACUUGUAUAUAACAAAAUGCAUAUCGGCAGAACAAAUCCGCAUUGCUAAAAUUAUAGGCUGGCAAUAAAAAUGACUCAUUAUAUCAUAUGUCUUUCGGUGGGUUACGUGUUUAAAGCGCAAAUACAACUGACCGAAGCUGUUUACAAACUAAUUGUGCAGUUUCUAAACGCGCAUUUUUUAUCGUUGAGAACAUGGUUUCGUUUUCAUUUACCCAAUUUAGUUAAUCAAUUAUAAUUGUUCGAUUGGUCACCUUCCGAAGAGCUAAAAUCGAAACGUGUUGCUAUCAGCGAUCGAGCACGCUGGUUUCGCUCAACAAAUCCAGGAUAUUCGGGUAUGUGCUCCGUAUUGUAUCCUUUUCGGUUGUCACCUAUUCGGAAUAUUCUCGCUUUUAGCUAUCGCUCUCUUUGGAUCUCCCAGAAGAUGCCAUUCCGCUCACGGAUGGUGGAAAAUUCCGCUCAAAAAUAGGCGAAAAAUCACAUUUAUUUUCACGCACACAUACACGCAAACGCGCGCGGUCUAUGUCCUUGUUCAUUACCAUUCGUAUAAGGAGAGAUGUGAAAAUUGCCAUUUUCAUUUUUGCACUCCACCAAGUAAGUUCGGCUCCAUCGUAAGCUGAAUGUGUUUUUAACUGGCAGAUAAUGUUUCGCACAACGAUAGAAUAAAAAUGGGUUGCCAUGCUGAUGUAUCGCUCGGCUGGCCAUCGUUUGCGCGGAACUGACCCGCACGUUGUACGUUUGUGUUGAGGGAGGUGUGCCACAAUUUUUUUUAACUGUGUCACAAGCAUCGGGGAAAUAAGCAGGUAAAACGCAAACAAGAAAAGGUGGAACAGUGAUCCAGGACAACCAAGGCUGUUUGCAAAAGUUGGGUGUGGAGUGUCCGUUUCACUGAUAGACAUAAUCCAACGAGUGCUGUUGGGAAAGCGGAAGAGGCAACCCAAAUCCAUCAUCGAAACAUCCCAACGUACACAGUAUAUCGAUACCACCCAGAUAAUAUUGCAAUCCAUUUUGCCAGCUAUCGUAACGAAGGAUGGUUACGAAGAAAAGCGUUGACAUAGAAAAGGAAAAACUUGCGAAAAACAUGUACUCCGGUUCCAACAGUGGCGCCACGGGUCUUCCGACAAAGUCGUCCAGUGCGGGAGGAACCAGCGGUGGGUCGUGUAACGCGGUAGUAAGCUUUAGCGCCAGCACCAUGGCCAACAGUAGCCAUAUGGUGCAACAGAUCCUACCCCAAGGUCAGGAUGCGCCCAACAUUCUGGUGUACAAGAAGAUGGAAGCCAUCGUUGAACGGAUGCAAAGCGAAGGAAGUGGCGUGUCGGUGCGUACGGUGAAGGCCUUCAUGAGCAAAGUGCCGUCAGUGUUUACCGGAGCGGAUCUCAUCCAAUGGAUCAUGACCAACCUAACGGUGGACGACAUUAGUGAGGCGCUGCACUUAGCGCAUCUGCUCGCAUCGCACGGAUAUCUUUUCCCGAUCGAUGACCAUCAAUUGACGGUACGGAACGAUGGUACGUUCUAUCGCUUCCAGACGCCCUACUUCUGGCCGUCCAACUUUUGGGAACCGGAAAAUACCGACUAUGCCAUCUAUCUGUGCAAGCGCACGAUGCAAAACAAGACACGGCUUGAGCUGGCCGACUACGAGGCAGAAAAUCUGGCCAAGCUGCAGAAGAUGUUCUCGCGCAAAUGGGAGUUUAUUUUCAUGCAGGCAGAAGCGCAAAGCAAGGUGGAUAAAAAGCGGGACAAACUCGAGCGUAAAGUGUUGGACUCACAGGAACGUGCGUUCUGGGAUGUGCAUCGACCGAUGCCGGGUUGCGUCAAUACGACCGAAAUGGACAUCAAAAAGGCGUACCGAAAGGGGGCUUCAUCGCUCGGAUCAGGAUCAGCCGGUACGGCCGCACACAGCAACCCGGCAGAAACGAUGGCAAAAACGAUCACUUUGCUCAAGCAAAAGCUCGAUAGACGCACGAUCAAAGUUUCAAAAGUAGCUGAAUCCUACAUCUCGUACUAUGAACAGUAUAGCGAGUUUGAUUAUUUUCAAUCGGCCCCGGAUCAUCCCAAUCCAUGGCAAACGGACAAUACCGAAUUUUGGGAUGCGGAAAAACUCGGAAAGGAUAUCCCGAUGAAACGUGUCAAACGAUGGGGCUUUAGUUUGCGAGAAUUAUUAAAUGAUCCGAUUGGUCGCGAGCAGUUUACCAAGUUUCUCGAUAAAGAAUUCAGCGGUGAAAACUUAAAAUUCUGGGAAGCGAUACAAGACAUGAAAGCUUUACCGCAGUCUCAGAUAAAGGAUGCCGCUAAGGCAAUCUGGAACGAGUAUCUCGCACCGGAUGCUGCCUGCCCGGUAAAUAUCGACUCGAAGUCGCUCGAACUGGCCCGCGAGGUUGUGAAGGAAGGGGCGGCACAACCAAGCCGCUGGUGCUUUGAUGUCGCAGCCGAUCACGUGUUUUAUCUGAUGAAGAGUGACUCCUACUCGCGCUUCCUUCGUUCCGAUAUGUACAAAGACUGUCUGAACGGCUCAAAGAAGAAGACAUCCGUCAAAGGACUUCGAAUAUUUUCUGGAAGAAAAGAUACGCCUGUGAUAAAUUAACUUCUGCCUGUUAUUUUUUUAAUUCUUCUUUGCUAUGCGCGUUCAACCGCUUUUACGAUAGCAUAUUCAUGAAGCAGAUGCCACCAUCAUUCUGUUGAAAGAAACAUUUCAACAACUUUUUUUUUGUGACUGAUUCAAUGCGGGCAUCCGAUCGAUGUCAAUGCAUACAUUCUUGAACAAUAUAAACUACCGCAUCGCGUAAAUCGUCGUUCCAGCAUAAAAUGCUUUUAGUUUUACAUAGAUAAAGUAUAUUUUUGCUAAGAUAAAAUUGUGCAAUGUAGCAGAGUUUUGUUGCUAGAAACUUACCAUCACUAAUCGGAAUUUACAGUACAACUGGAAAAGAAGUUAAAUGAUGGAAUAAUCAUUCGAAUUUUGUUCUGGAUUCUAUCACAUUGCUAGCAAAAACAAAGAAAAAACAGAACUAACUGAACAACAUUAUAGCAUAAUAACAGCUGACAACGCUUUUUGUGUUAAACAUCGUGCUUUGGAUAAUUUUUGUCAUAGUAAAAACAAUGUCUAUCGGGUAUUUUACAGAAUGUGAUGUGUAAAUAGCGUUUAGUCGUAAUAAUGAAUUAAGAAAUUACCGGACAAAAGCCAACAAAUACUAAGAUGAUUCAGAAACAACCCAUGUCUAUCAGCUGUGUAAUGUUACUACUAAGACAAUCUAAUUUCACUAGAAGAAAGCGAAUAGCGUUUGCGAGCGUAUCUUCUGCCCUGUGUGUAUUGGCAAUUGAGUUACCUAGCGGCUACUAUUGCUCUAAUUACACGUACUAACCUAACGCUACUCUCUACUCUAAAGUGUUGUUAAAUAUCAACGUUUUAAAAACGACAUUACCCACCAUCGUUCGUAAACAAGAAAGACAAACAAAAACUAGUGAGAAAUGUUUUAAAACAUACGAUUACAGAGACUAGACUAGUUGAUUAUGAUUAGCGUACGUGAGCAGCAUUUUAAAAAAGACUCAAACAUCGGUAGAAACAUGUGCUUAGUUUAGGAAAAUGUUUAAAUUAACAAAACAAUUCACAACAAAAAGAGAAAAAAAAGAGAGACCCAUAAACAAUAGCCAAAAACACAUGUCCAUGCUCUCCAUGCUUACACAAUGGAAAACAAAAACUUACUAUUUGCCAAAGGUGAAUGUUAUCGCUCUUAGGAAUCUGUUUAGACAAACAACCAGAAACUGUUUAGAAAUAUUGCUAAACAAAAUGUUUAUGUAAUGUACUGUUAACAAUCAAUCCUAUAUACUAUACUUUUUAUCAUAUUUGGUCGAUACUGUUUGUAAUUGGUGUGUAUGGCAGAGAAGAUCUCACCGAUCCACAUCCGUUCGCUCAUACUAAUAGGUAUUUGGCUCGAGUGAGGCCCGCGACACUAUCUUUAUGAACAAUAAUAAAUCUGUGGACUACUGCAGGUGUGUAAACAA